UGUGUGUGUAGCAAGUGUCACACACUUGCACGAGAGCCAGGACUGUCGUCUUCACCGGGUUGUCACUGAAUUUAGUGAUCAACCAUUAUGGCGGCGCUGCCUGAGGUCCCGUUUUGCCUCAAAGAAGGUAUAACCCAGUAUUUGAAGCCACAAAGGGUUCAGUUUAUGAGUUUGGUGCAUCUCAACCAGGGCAAGGGACGCGCAGAUAGCAGAGUUCUGGUGAUUUCGCAAUGGAGAGCUCAUGUGUUCUACAGCAAGCAGCCAGUGAAGGUGGAAAGCUCCUUCAGCUAUCUAGAGAUCUAUGCCAUCACCAUCGACAGCAUUGAGCAGGUGGUCAUUGAGACGGACAGGCAGAUCUACUCUCUGGGCCUGAUGUCAGUGCGGGAUCUGGAAGCUGUGGUCAGCCAUGUCACCGCCUCGCUCAAGAAGAUCUUCCCGGACUCUUCGCCAGGGAAGUUGCUGAAGAAAGUUCCCCCUGACCUUCAAGAGCGGCUCUGUAAUCUCACCUCUAAAGUUGAAGAACAUGUGAACGGCGCAGUCGGACCAUGUGGAGGAUUUUCAGACACCUAUGAAGCAUUGUGUGAUUAUAAUGAGUUUCCUUGCUGUGCGGAAAUUCAGUGGGAUGUUGACAAUAUUUACCAUGUUCAGAACUGCCGGGUUUUCAACCUCUUAGACUUCAGUCAUUUAGACAGCAGGGACUUGGCUUUAGCGGUGGGUGCUUUGUCCUUCAAUCAGUGGUUCACGAAAAUAUGCAGCAAGGACUUCAAACUGUCGCCAGAUGUGCAGGAGCAGGUCCUCUACAUGAUUGCCAGGUCCAGUGCUCUGGAAGAGGUCAGUCUGGAGGCCAGCGGACUCAAAAUGGAUUUUGCUAUCAGGAUGGCCACUGCUCUACGGGAGAGUACUGCCUCUGCUGUUCAUAUCAUCAACUUGUCUGUCAAUGCUAUUGAGGAUAAAGGUGUGAUUGCUCUCAGUCAGAGUUUGGGCAAAUUGUCCUGUUGCCUGAGUCAGCUGCACCUCUCCAAGGUCUCCAUGUCCUCUAAAGGUCUAGGUUGUCUGGUUCAAGUUCUUCAUCAAAGCACAUUUCUCUGCAACACCCUGACCCAUCUAGACUUGAGUGGAAACACUGGCUGUCUGGCCACAGAAGAGGCCAUGAGCCUCUAUAGGUUCCUGUCUGCUCCAAAUUCAGUUUCUCACCUGGACCUCAGCUGCACAGACUGUCCUUUAGACACACUGUUUGUGUCUCUUUCUUUGGGCUGCUGCACUACUCUGAACUACCUCAAUCUCUCCAGGAACCCGUUCUCUCUUAGGAAAGUACGAGAGGUCACGCGCAGUGUGAGGGAUUUCUUUAGCAAGAGCACUGUGUUGAAGUACGUGGGAUUCUCUGGAACUAAACUACCUCCAGAAGCUCUCAGGCUGUUACUACAGGGCUUGGCCACUAACACUCAUCUAUCUGAGCUGGAACUUGAUAUCAGCAGCUGUGAGCUGAGGUCGGCUGGAGCUCAGGUGAUUCAGGAGCACAUCUUCGAGGCCAAGGCCAUCAGCAGUCUGGACCUGUCUGACAACGGUUUUGAGAGCAAUAUGGUUACUUUAAUUCUUUCCAUUGGCCGCAGUCACUCUAUUAAACACCUUUCAAUUGGACGAAACUUUGCCAUGAAAUCUAGGGCUCUAACAGAUGUGUUGCACCGACUCGUACAACUAAUUCAAGAGGAGGAGUGUCCACUGGAGUCUCUCUCUGUUUGUGACUCCAAGUUGAAAACUGGUACCACCAUCCUCAUUAACAGCCUGGGCUGCAACGCUAGCCUGUCCAAGAUUGAUAUCAGUGGAAACUGCAUAGGUGACACAGGAGCAAAGAUGCUGGCAAAGGCCCUCAUGAUGAACACCAAGCUAAAAACACUGGUUUGGGACCGGAACAAUGUGACUGCUGGAGGAUUUAUGGAUGUGGCCAAUGCCUUGGAAAAGAACUUGACACUACAAAACAUUUCCAUUCCAAUGAGCGAUGUUCUCCAAGCCCAUCGAAGCGCCCCAGAGAAGACAGAGGAGGCUUUACAGAAAAUCCAGGAUUUUUUACGCAGGAACAAUCAGAGGCAGUGUGGAAUGACUGAGGAAAUGUGUCAUUUACAACAUGGACUAAAGACCACUCGCUCUGAGCAGUUAGUGCAGGAUCUGUGUAAAAAGGUACAGGAAAGUGUGCAUCCUUUAACCUGCUAUAACAUACAAGAGGUUCAGUCGGACAUCUUGCUUGCUGAGGAGGCGCUUCAACAUGCGAAGACAGCCAUAAGUUCUUUCUCAACCCUGUAUGAGUUGGGCAGAGCGCCGUCUAGUGGACACAUGCUGAAGUGCAUCCUCAAUGACGCUGCUACAGCCCUCAGAAGUGAGAUCACCGAGGACAUCCAGGAACUGGCGACGGCAAUGCUGCAGUCUGCACAGCUGACCUGUCCCAGAGUCGUCCAGAGGUCGAGUGUUAAUGAACAACUGGCAGAUCGAGUGGCCAAGAAGACCCGACAGGCUGCACACUUCAUUCAGAACACGAUGCAUGAGGCAGAAAACAGCAUCAGAAACAAACUUAGUGAACUGAAACUGUCCGUGAGUGUGUCUCUGGUGGAAAGCAUAAUUAAUGAAGUUCAUCAGGAUUUGUUUGUGGCUCAGGAAAAGUUGGACAAGCACAUGAGGGAGUUUUCCCAGUCCUCCAGUAUCAAGGCCAAUGUUCCUCAGCUCAGAGUGAUGGAGCAUGAAUUCCCUACAGAUGAUUACGUCCCGGUCAUCUGGAGGAACAGCUUCCACUCGCGCAGCAUCCGUCCUGCCCCUUCCAUCAAAAGUUUGUUAGAUGUGGAAGGGGAGCAGCAGGCGCGUGCGGCCACACAUCCCCAGCAGGAGCCAGAGGAGAGAGGAGGAGGGGGAGGAGGAGGAGUGCCUCAGGUCUCCAGGGUAGGAACGGAGGAGAGGAGGCGGGCCCAGUCGUUGCCGUUGGCGACGGGGCUGUCAGUCACCACGGCAGGCCAGCUGAAGCCAGGAAGCCCCUCCUACUGGAGGAGAGAGGCGGAUGCUGCUGCCGCUCCCGCUGCUGCUGCUGCCGCUCUUAGCAACAGAGAGCCCCGGCGCUCGGAGCCUGCACCUCCUCAGCCCCCUAUGGACCUGCCCAUCGAAGGCCACACACUGAGGCACUACACCCGCUCCAGGCCCAGACCCAACCGCCGGAACAGGCAGCCUCCCAGCAAGCCGCAGGAGCAGGCCGCAGAGAUCGAGAAUGAGGCCAAUGAGAACAUGGGGAGGGUUGAUGAAGGUGUAGAAGAGUUCUUCACCAAAAAAAUCAUCCCCGAUGACCCCCUAAAGCACCAGAGGGAGGAGCCCCUCAUUAAAGCACAACCUGCAGAGCCCACGUGUGUCACAACUGCCCCUCCUACCACCUCCACUACAACCCCCAUCCCCACCACAGCCCCCUCCAAAAACAUUAAGAAGAAGUUUGGUGAUUUUUUUGCCUUUAAGAAAGUGCGUGCAGGUCGAGGGGCCAAGGGCGACGGCGUUCCUGAAGGCAAGGUCAAAAAGACUUCAAUAGCCGAUCUCAUCCGACCACUCCGGGAGGCAGCGCGUGCAGAGAAAGAGCGAGAGAAGGAGAGGGAAAGAGAAAAAGAGAGAGAGCGAGAGAAGGAGAAGGAGAAAGACAAGGAGAAACCGGAUGAGGAAAACGUAGUCAAGGCGGCCACAACCACAGCCACCACCACCAUCCUCACCAUCACAGAUUCCACAGCAGUUAUCCAGGACAAAAUGUCCCCCAGAGCUCCUUCACCUGUUCCCACACCUGCACUGACCCCUCCUGCAUCCACACCCACACCUCCUGCCUCCUCCCCGAGCAAAACUGAAGAGGUCCCAGCACUAUCCCCUGCUGCACCUCCCACCAAAACCCCCAGCCCGGUCCCAGUUGUGUCACCCUCAGAGCGGGAAAAGAGCCGGACCCUGGAGAAGAGCCGCACCCCUGAUGGAGAGCGGAGGCCCAAACCCAUUCGUCGCUCGCUAAGAGAGGGCAAAUCACAGUCCCUCAUUCUGCUCUCAGACGUAUUGCCGGAGCAGGACGGCACAGCCAUGCACGCUAAGAAACACGCAUCUGAGAGCUCGUCCAGCUUUGAACAGCGUCUCCAUGUCAUGCUUCACCGCAUGGGAGUCACCAAAACAUCUCCCACCGACACCAAACAGAGCCAGAGCAAGGAUGAAGAGCUGAGGAAAGCCAACUCUGAGGGUGCAAUACUUGACAAACCCGAGCCACCGCCUACAUUUAUGAAACCCCGCACAAUGUCCACCUCGUCAGACACCAGGCGACCAACCCGAGUGACCCAGAGUGUUACAGACUUCCAACGUACAGAAAGGCCACAACUCCCAGAGCGUCCUAUAGGCCCGUUGCCCCCUAAACCAACCAUGAAGCCCAUUUUAUUCCCGACUAGUGAGACAGCGCGGACGGCCACAGCCACUCCCAAACUCCCCAGCCCUUCUCAGGAUGGUCAGCCAGAGGUGUCCGAGGCCAUCUCUGUCUCUCAGCCCCAGGAGAAGGAGAAGGAGCCUCCGACCCCAUCUCCCCGCAAAGAGGCGCCUCCAGCUCCCUCACCACGGAGGAUUCUCAGCACAGAUAUCCGAGAGCGUGCAGAGAGAGCACAAUCCGUCACUGAAGAGACCCUCCCUAUCCCACGGCCCCGCAUGAAGCCCUCUCCCCAGCGCCGUGCUGUGUCUGUCCACGAAGACUCUCUCCUCCAACAUGCCGCCAUGCUUGACCCUGAGGAGCUGAAGGCUGCGCUGCCAAGACGGCAGAAGUCACCGGGGCGAAAGAAAGGGAAUGUGGGUGAGCUGACGACCUGCUCAGAGGAUUUACCUGAGGGUGAGCCGGUGAAAUCUGCGGGGAAGGACAGCACUGGACAGGUGGAGGAGACGGACAGCACAACAGUCACAGACAGCCAAUCAGAACAGAGCCCAACUGGGUCCAGCGAGCAAGUGACCAACCAGGAGAGGGAUGAGUCGGUGGUCUCAGAGGAGCACACAACGCAGGGAGAAACAUCAGACCAAAGAACUGAAUCCCCCUCACCUGAGAAACACAUGGACUGACCCUGCGCAAAUCUAUUUUCUAUCAUGUGUACCUUUGCCUUGCACGCCAGAUUAUGUACAAAAGAAUGAAAUAUGAACAAAUGCGUUUUAAAAAAAAUGAACAAAUCAGUACCUAUAAUUGUUAAUAAUGAUUAAAAAGUGAAUUCUGUUGUGUCA